AUGGUUCGAGAAGGGAUUGUGCUUGGACACAAGAUUUCCGAGAAAGGGAUCGAGCUCGAUCGAGCUAAGGUGGAUGUCAUGUUGCAGCUCCCUGUUCCCAAGACUGUGAAGGACAUAAGGAGUUUUCUGGGUCAUGCAGGGUUCUACAGAAGAUUCAUCAAGGAUUUCUCAAAGAUAGCAAGACCCUUGACAAGGCUUCUGUGCAAGGAGACAGAUUUUGAGUUUGAUGAAGAAUGCCACAAGUCUUGGACCUUGCUGAAGGAUGCUCUGCAAGUGCACAGGUUAUGA